GGUGCACUCCUAGAAAGUGUGGAAGAGGUGUGACUGAUGCAGUGAUCACAAGGGAAGAAGCUGAAAGAAUCCGUAGAAUAGCAGAGAGGGGACUGUCCUUGGGAGGAUCUGAUGGAGGGGCAUCGAUUUUGGACUUGCACUCUGGAGCACUUUCACUGGGGAAGCAUUUUGUUAAUCUGUACAGGUACUUUGGGGACAAAAUUCGAGACAUCUUCACAGAAGAGGAUUUUGCAUUAUAUCGUGAUGUGAGACAGAGAAUUCAACAAAGGAUUGCUCAGGCAUUUGGUAUCAGCUCUGCUUCCAUGUACCUGACUAAGCCAACGUUCUUCUCCAGAAUAAACAACACAGAAGCCAAGACAACACAUGAUGAAUACUGGCACCCACAUGUUGACAAGGUAACUUAUGGCUCUUUUGACUAUACUUCACUGCUCUAUCUCUCUGACUACACUGAAGACUUCGGUGGUGGACGGUUUGUCUUUAUGGAUGCAGGUUCCAACAGGACAAUAGAGCCCCGAGCAGGCCGGGUUUCCUUUUUCACAUCUGGAUCGGAGAACCUUCAUCGGGUGGAAAAGGUUCACUGGGGCACUCGCUAUGCCAUCACCAUCUCCUUCACUUGUAACCCAGACCAUGGCAUUGGGGAUCCAGUCUUGAUAUAA